AAUGACUUAGGCGAUUAUUUUAAGAGUGUGACGAAAUAAAACUGCAACACACAAUGAGCGGGGCACCCAUGUUACAUUUCCCCACCCACUCUGCGCCUGCUCUGUCUGUAACGGCGCCCAAGCAUAUAUAGGUAGCUCAUCAAAACUAGCUCCUAUUGAAAAGUGUCGCUACACAGCGUAGCAAUAGCGGCAUUAGCUUAGCAUAGCUUACGGAUAUCAGUCAGUAACACACGGAGCUAAAAUGAUAUGAAAGUGUGGACGUGACGCUCAUAUCGUGUGCCUUGGUCGACCGGCGUUGAAACUGGAAGCUGUUGAUAUUGAAAAAGAAGAAGAAGAAAUUGCCAACGGUGGUUUAGCGGCACGUUUAUGUUAGCCGGCUAAUGCUAGCUAACUAGCAGUCUGGCAAACAGGAAAACAGGGUGAGCAGGCUGGCUGGCAGGCAGCAGCCAAGAUUUGGAUUAACUUGAAGCAAUGGAUGUCAACUCAGAGGCUGCCUCAGAGCGAAUUCUGCUGGAACCAUACAAGUACUUGUUACAGCUACCUGGACUGCAAGCAGUACUGAACGGGCCCUCGCAGAGUGGAGCCAUCGGGGGAGGAGCCAUCGGAGGAGGACACGUCAGACGCGGCGCUGUGGGCCCAGUCCCUAUGCGUACCAAAUAGCGUGUCUCCUACAACUCAGCUCAAAGCAAACAGGUGAGGACAAAACUAUCCCAAGCAUUUAACCACUGGCUCAAUGUUCCCGAGGACAAACUGCAGGUGAUCAUCGAGGUGACUGAGAUGCUGCACAACGCCAGCUUGCUCAUAGACGACAUCGAGGACAGCUCCAAGCUGCGGCGAGGCUUCCCCGUGGCCCACAGCAUCUACGGCAUCCCCUCCGUUAUCAACUCGGCCAACUACGUCUACUUCUUGGGCUUGGAGAAGGUGCUGACCCUGGAGCACCCCGAGGCUGUCCGAGUGUUUACCCGGCAGCUGCUGGAGCUGCACCGCGGUCAGGGUCUGGACAUCCACUGGAGGGACACCUACACCUGUCCCACCGAGCAGGAGUACCGCAACAUGGUGCUGCAGAAAACCGGCGGACUCUUUGGUCUGGCUGUGGGCCUGAUGCAGCUCUUCUCGGACUGGAAGCAGGACCUGAAACCGCUCCUGGACGCACUGGGCCUCUUCUUCCAGAUCCGCGAUGACUACGCCAACCUGAGCUCUCACGAGUACAGCGAGAACAAGAGCUUCUGCGAGGACCUGACUGAGGGCAAGUUCUCUUUCCUCACAAUUCACGCCAUUUGGUCUCGUCCAGAGAGCACCCAGGUGCAGAACAUCCUGAGGCAGCGCACGGAGAACAAGGACAUCAAACGAUACUGCGUGGACUACCUGGAGAAGGUAGGCUCAUUCGCCUACACCCGUCAGACUCUGCGGGACCUGGAGGCGGAGGUCUACCGUCUCAUCGGAGAGUUUGGGGGAAACCCUCAACUGGAGAGCCUCAUCACACACCUGAGCAAAAUGCACCGUGAGGCUGAAGCCACAGCGGAGUCCGACCCUGAGCUGUCAGUGAUGAUAGAUGAUUCGCUGAUUUAGUGAUGCAGAUAUACACAGAAGCUUGACACAUACCAGUAUGUUACACUCACUAACUAUUAAAUGACUCACACUCUAUAAUAACCUUCAUAAAUAAAUGGUCAGUGGAUAGUUAUUUUACUGUUAACAGACAAUUAAAUUAUAAAUAUUCACGUUUACCAAUUAUUAGUAAUGCUAUAAUUUGUUAUUUUGAAAGUUUAUUGUUCCACACGUUACAAAAAAAUGUUGUACUAUAUUAACAAAUACUUGAUGUGGUAUAUAAAAUAUGAAAUUGAUUACCAAAUGAAGAAAUUGUUUGUAAACCAUCUACAAACAUUAUUUUGAUGCUAUUAUAAAAUUGGAGCUAAUUCUUAUAAUACGUUAAUAAUAAUAAGUGGUUUGUAAAGUGUCAAGUUCUAUUAAAUAUAUAUAAUAUCUACAUAAUAUCUACAAUCCCAAUUUCAAAAAAAGUUGGGACAAAUGCAAUCAUUUGAAAAUCUACAUUUAUUUGAAUGAAUUACAAAGACACAAUAUUAAAUGUAACUUUUAUUUUGUAAAAAAAAAAAAAAAAAAAAACUUUUUGUAAAAAUAUGCACUAACAAUUUGUUACAUUCUGUUUUUAUUAAGUGUCCCAAUUUUAUUUGGAAUCAGCGUGUAUGUCAGUAAUGUUUAUAGAUGCUUUACAAAGUAUCAACCAUUUAAGUGUUGUAAUCAUCAGUUGCAACUUUAUAACAGCCAUCCAAAUAUUUUUAUAGAGUUUACAAAUCAUUUGGUGAUCAUUAACAAAUACUAAUCAAAGUGUGGAACAAUCAACUGUGAAAUAACAUUAAAUAUAUCAUCAUUAAUGACUUGUAAGCAUUCCCAAUUAUAAUUUAAUCAUUUGUUGACAGUGAAAAAACCAUAAACGAGAAUUUAAUUAACUCGACAGCUUUGACUGCGUUCAGCAGCUACGAGACAGCGAAUCAGCCCCAAAUGUUGCCUUUCUCCUCUGUGUGCUUGACGGCAUCCUUCAAGUGUUGCUUAACAAAAUAAACAUCACCAAUCCAAUUGUAGCUGCACAGUCUGUGGAAGAAAUACAUUCAAAAAGAAACUAACUGUUUAAGUUGGUUUUAUGUUUUCUUUUCUGAAAAUGAAAAACAAGCUCAAAAGCCUUCCUCUUGAUGUGUACUACAGUGCAUAUAAAUGUGUUUUUUUAUGUAUUGCCACCAAAUGAAAAUUGUUUAUCUAAAGCUGAGUGAAUGCUGGGUGUUUUUUUCUGAAGUCCCUGUUUAAAAUAAGAUGUCUCAAGUGUGUGAUGAUGUGUGAUUUUGGGAUCCUUAAUCAUUAAGCCGCCAGAGUGCCAAUCCUGUAGAAAAAGACCUCUGCAACUCAAUUGUCUACUUGUUAUGUAACACGCUGGCAUUAUAUGCAAAGUAGUGCUCACGCUGUUUCUGCUGUAAUACUCUGUUGAUGUUUUGGGUUAUUCCAUCUGGUUCAGCUUCAACACAGUUUUUCACAUCCCUAAUAUUUUAUUAGGGUGAUUCUGUUAUAUUUGUAAGUAGACACUGUGCUGCAGUUAAGAACUUAUUUGCAUCUGUUGAAUAAAAAAAAAGCUUUAAAUAUAACCUGUGGGCUUUUCUGACUUCUGAAACAAAAUCUCACAUCUCCCUGUGGCAUCAAGGCUAGUUGGGUUUUCAUUGUUUUCAACUGAAGGUGUUUGAUGUGACGGGGGAAAAGAGGGAUCCUUCUCCAGAGAUAAGCAGCACCAUCUACUGAGCACACGGGUGUAAUGGAAACUCAAGAUGUGACUAACAAAAAGUACAGCAGUUUUAGGCUCCUUAUCCGGGAUCAUGCUCACACAUAUGUAUGGUCCCAGCAUUACAAAACAUUUAAUAGCUAUAACAGCACAACUCUGACUAGAUGGGACAAUCUGAGAGCCAUGAGAUCAAUUUCACGUUUGAUCACUUCCUUCCUCACUUUGCAUUUUAAGUUAUUUGCCGUGCGUGUGCUUUUUAUAUAAAGUUAUUUACUACCAAAGA